UAGAGAACUCACAAGUCGACACAAAUCUUGAGACAGCAUGUCCAUCGAGUGUACAGCUGUGCUCGUACUUCUUCUUUAUUGCUCGUUGCCUUGCCAUGACAGCUCCAUUUCAUGUCAGAUCCCUAUCAAUGUAGGCUCUCAUGUCCUGUCAAUUCAAGAUGCUACACUUGAAGUGGACAACAUCGAUCUAAAGUCGCUAACAACGACUGCCAAAUCGCCAAGGAUCAGUGGGGAAAUCGUUACCGAUUUGCCUGGCUUACAAGCCUCGAUUAAGGCUUCAUUACCUGGAGGGCCAACAGAACUUGCCCUGUUUCAAAAAAAGACGCUGGACGUUGCAUUCCUUACAAUUAGCAAUGCCAGACUUGUUUUGACAAGAAAUGGUGGAGUAAAGCAAUCUCAUUGGAAGCUGUCUGCUGAUUUGGUGAUUACACCAAACGGAGGAGAGGGCAAGCGGAUGGUUCAUGCAAGUACAACAAAACAGACUUCCGGGCUCGUGUUGAACACAAGAAUACAACGAAGUGCACGUAAUCAGGAAGGGCUGCAAUCAGCGCUGUUUAAAACACAAAUUACUACAUCAAAACUGUUGUUGCAAGGAUAUGCCAAGACAAUAGUUCAUCACAACACUUUGCAUCUCACUAGUACUGUCGAUAUAGGCCUAGCAGGUUCUACAUUUAGUUUUCGUAUGACAGGAAUUUGGCCACAACCAUUUGGCUUCAAAAAUGUUGCAGUUUCAAAUGUUGCUUUGCAACUUGGCUUGACUCCAGCUGGCACACUAUCUUCAAUCGGUUUUGAAGGAACUCUCAAAGUAAAAGAUCUAACCGGGUCAGCAGCUGUCUAUUACAGUGUUGAAAAUCCAUCGAAAUUUCUACUUAGCUCCAGCAUGAAUCGUCUAACUGUUGGAGAUAUCAUUGGUCAUUUCUUGGAGUUGCCCAAAGAGAUAGCAGACAUUCGUUUUUCCUUUGGGUUUAGCGCCUGUUUUUGCACAGGAGCUGUAAAAAUCGCAGGAAAACAGUAUAGUCCAGGAAUCUUCUUCAAAAGCACUUUUGAAGUUCCUUUCUUGGGAAUUAGAGCUGAAGUACAAGUCGAUGUGUCAAGACAGUUAUACGCACGGUUGUCGUUGGAAAAAAAUAUUGACUGGGGAUUUCUAAAAGUUCAAAGAAGUUUUAGUGAUUCUGGAGCAACAAAGGGACCCAUUCUGUUGACAGACAUAAGGCCAUAUGAGGGUAAGUUCCUGGUGGACACAGAAGCUGCUGUUGAGAUAUCGGGAUCUCGAGUUUUUGAGGUACAUUUGAAAAUUAAGGUAGAUUGGUCUUCACACAAACUCAUUUUUCAAGUGAGCAUUUACUACGAGUUUGAUCUCUUUGAAAAGAUUCUCAAGACUGCGGCACAUACAGUCAAGAGAGCAAUGGAUGCCGUUAAAAAAAUUGCGGCACAUACAGUCAAGAGAGCAAUGGAUGCCGUUAGAAAAAUAGAUGACAAUAUUAAGUAUCAUCAAGAAAGAAUCGACUACUGGACGAAGUAUUGUUCAGAUGCUACAUUGACAUGGUACUCGAAACUAUGGCACUGUGCGGCAAGUGUGAUACACAUUGCUCCGCAUGUGAUUGCAAUAGCUGCUAUUAAAGUCACAAGAGUGGUUGCUCUUGUGGGUCUCAAUAUUGCCAAUGCGGUUUUGGAGGGAUUGGAGUUUGCUUUCAAGGCCAGAAUUGAUUGGCAUUACUAGCACUGCUGGUGUAUUAAUUUGCAAUAGUGUUCAACAAACAGACAAACAAAUAUGUUAUUCCACACCAUUUUUUGUUCCUAAUGUAGUUUGUCAACGUUUUUGUGUGCUUACAUUUGCUCUAAUUUGAAUAUAUUUUGAAUAUCAAAGCGUGGUCUUUUCAUGUAGAAUAUAAUAAAGAGUGUCAAAAACGAGAGAUUCAGAAACUGAUCUCAUAGAUAUCAAGGAGUGAACGACUGACUUUUCUGUCAAAGCAAGAAAUUGAAGAAUUC